AUGUCAGAAACGAGGCUGUGUACUUCGGAUGGCUGCGAAGAUGAUUAUAGGCUCACCGGCCUCGUUGGUCGAGGCUCUUUCGGCGUUGUUUUGAAAGCAGUGCAUUUGGAGAGCGGCAGAGAAGUUGCGAUCAAACGAAUAACUCAGAAGAAAAGUCAUCGGAAUGAGAUCGACCUCAUACGAGAAAUAUUUGCAAUGCGAAAUGCGACUCACAAAAAUGUCUGCUUAUUUCUCAAGUGUGCUAAAAGCCUUUUCAAAAGCGAGCUGGUUGUGCAUUUAUUCGAUGUGAUUCUGAGCCCGGACACUGUUUCCUUAGUGAUCGAAUAUGUUGAAUCCAAUUUGAAACUGGCAAUCGAAGAUCACAACCGGCCGCUGAAUGAUGAAAUCCCACGGUACUAUAUGUAUCAGCUGUUUACUGGUGUCAGUUAUUUGCACAGCCUCAAUAUCAUGCACAGGGUACGCUACCAAAUUGCUUCCAAGAACCCAACUUCGCUUUAUCCAGUAGCAGUAUUAUUCGAUUGA